AUGGAAACAGUCGCCAGAGCACUCAUUUCUGGGGGGAUAUCUUGCUUCAGAGCACCCUCAAGAAUUACUACUGAUCAUGGACGCCAAUUUGAAGCUUGUCUGUUCCAUGAGCUUUCAAGACUGCUCAGAGUUCAGCAUAUCCAUACCACAAGUCACCAUCCUGCUGUGAAUGGUAUGGUGGAACAAUUCCACCAUCAGCUCAAAGCUGCUAUUUGCACGGCUCCUGACCCUCAUCGUUGGUUCAAGUUUCUCCUCAUUGUUCUGCUGGGAUGCCACUCAGCAGUCAAGGAGGAUUUAGGCUACUUCUCCACUGAGCUCCUGUAUGGCACCACCUUAGCACUUCCUGGACAAAUGUUGGCGCCAGUCGACUUACCGAAUGCGGACCCCACAUCUUAUGUCAUGCAACUCGGGUCAUUCUUCGCUGACCUGCCACCAAUGCUUCCUCGUGACCAUUCUAUUUCUUCUACAGUACCUCCAGAUAUUUCUACUUGGCCUCACAUGUUUGUAAGAAAUGAUGCCAUCAAGAGACCACUCACACCUCCCUACACUGGACUCUAUCGCAUUAUUAGAAGCACACCGAAACUGUUCACUGUGGACAUUCACGGGAAAAAAAGAGACUGUUCCUAUCGACAGAGUAAAAAAUGCUUUUUCUGA